AUGGGAGUGGUUUUCCAGAUUGAAAGAGCCUUGCCCCAAAAGACGAAAGGAGCGCUACUGCUCAUGAGUCACUGUUCUACUGUAUCCAGUCGAGAAUCAAUUAUACAGAGACUAUCAACCAAAGUCGAUAUCACAGUAGGAGGCCGAUGCAGCCGCUACUUCCCAGCUGCUGAAAAAGCGCGCUGUCCAAAGUCAAUGAAAGGUGGUCAGUGCGAGAAGGAUCUCAUCGCGACACACCGAUUUUAUAUUGCAUUUGAGAAUAGCAUAUGCCGCAACUACAUAACGGAGAAGUUUUUCAAACGUAUCUCUCAACUUUUAGUUCCAAUCGUGCUGGAAAGGAAAUUUUACGAAGAUAAUGGCAUACCAUCGGAUUCAUUCAUAGCCUUGGAUGAUUUCAAAAAUGACGACGGUCUGGCAGCAUAUUUGGAUAUGGUUCAACAUAACGACACAGAGUAUCUGAGGUACUUCGAGUGGACUAAUUACUAUCGGAAACCUUCUACCUAUGUGAGUGACGCCGGAUGUCGAUUGUGCCAAGAUCUUCACCAAGGGAAAAGGCGUCACGUAGACAAUAUCGAAACCUUUUAUUUCGAUGAGCAAUGUGAAGAGAAUUAUUACUAUUUGAUCUCCAGUGGUUCCACGACCUGCUCGAAUGGUACGAAACAUGUUUCCUUGCUGGAGGCACGAUCAUUCGCCGGAGAAGUGUCUCGUCUGGAAAGAGCUAACCGACUUGUAUGGUGUAGAUUUGGCAAGAAUAUCAGUUUCCGGGAUGAGUAUAACUUCCAUGUUUUAUUCGUGCUUGGUAUGUCAGGGAUAAAGACCGAUGAUGAUUCGGUUCAUCGAGAAGCAAAGGAGCAUGGAGAUAUUCUUCAACUGAACAUCAAUGAAACUGACGGGAGUCCUACCAUGAAGCAUGACAACCCCGACCCGAGUAGUCUGGGAAUCCAAAAAGGCAAUACGUGA